AUGGAGCCAGGAGACGUGGCCAUCACGUUCCUGUCAACCGGCAAAGUGAGGAUCAAGACGUCUAUGAAAAGCCAACCCAUCGACAACAAAAAUGCGAUCCUCCGGAGAAUGAGGUCAUUUUUAGAUCGGUCAUGGUCAGAUGAGCUACCCGUUGGUGUCUUUUUGAUCUCUCACCCGGACGGGCCGAUCCUUUUCGAUACUGGAGAGUCACCCCUGUGUAACGAUCCCGGCUACCAUAGCAUGUUGAGUCCCGGGAGAUUCUUUGCUCAAAUGAUCAUCGGUAAAGAAGAGGGGGUUGUAUCACUGCUCAAGGCAAGAGGAAUUGACCCCAAGUCUCUCCAAGCCAUUGUCAUCAGUCAUCUCCAUGGAGACCACGCCGGAGGAUUACCCGCACUGCUUGAGGAGGCCCCAGACAUUCCCGUGUAUACAACUAAGGAACACUGGGACGCGUUUGGGAACUCUCCCAUGUGCAUGCGAUCAUCAAUGGAUCCGCGGAUUCUUGAGAAAACUGAGAAUGCCAUCGGCCCAUGGGGGUCGUACUACCCGAUUACAAAAGACGCCUCCAUUGUUGCGGUCGACACACCAGGUCAUGUCCCGGGACACAUUUCGCUCAUUGUCUGCGCAAAGAAUGAGAACCGGGAUCCCACCAACUUUUUCUUAGUCGGAGAUGCCACCUAUAGCAUCGAGGAUCUAGACAGUGAGCAGCCUGACGGCAUCAACGACGACCCAGAAACGGCCUUUCGAAGCCUGCAGCAAAUGAAGCAGUACGCGAGGCUCCAUGAUGUCGUCAUGUUGCCGAGUCAUGAUCCGAAUACACCAGAAAUGCUGAAUCAACGGACCCUCUAUCGGCCGACGGAUGGGAAUAAAGCAUCAUAA